AUGGCACCAGCUAAAGUUGAUUCGACUAAAAAGUCAGACCCAAAGGCUCAGGCCUUGAAGACAGCCAAGGCUGUAAAAUCUGGGGGAGCAGCCUUCAAGAAGAAAGCCAAGAAAAUACGCACCAAGGUCACUUUCCACCGUCCGAGGACCUUGAAGAAGGAAAGAAACCCAAAGUACCCUCGUAUUAGUGCACCCCCACGCCAGAAGCUCGAUCAGUACCAGAUUUUGAAGUACCCUCUGACCACUGAAUCAGCCAUGAAGAAGAUUGAGGACAAUAACACUCUCGUUUUUAUUGUCGACAUUCGUGCUGACAAGAAGAAGAUCAAGGAUGCUGUUAAGAAGAUGUAUGACAUUCAGACCAAGAAGGUCAACACUCUCAUCAGGCCCGAUGGAACGAAGAAGGCUUAUGUUAGAUUGACGCCCGACUUUGAUGCUUUGGAUGUUGCUAACAAAAUUGGGAUCAUCUAA